CAAUGUGGUUCUCUGCGUUGCUGGCUACUAUAGUAGCAACGACGGUGCUCGCCAUUCAUGUGGUGCACAUCCUGCACAAACACACCCGAAAGAGAGUUUCUCCUACAUGGCCACCCGGCCCUGCCGGACACCCCAUCCUCGGCAACUUGGUCUAUGUCAUCGGGCCGCUCCGCAACAACCCACACACCGCGCUCGCCACCCUCGCCCAAACCUAUGGACCCAUCAUGUCCCUCCGUCUUGGUCUGACCCGCAACAUCGUCGUGGUGUCAUCCGCUGCUGCGGCUCAUGAGGCCCUUGCCAAGAAUGACGCAGCGCUCGCGUCCCGGCUUGUGCCGGACACCGUCCGCUCCAUGUCAUACGGCGCGACAUCCAUGGUCUUCCUUCCAAGCUCGAACCCGCUGUGGAAGCAGGACCGUGCCAUCAUGGGCGCCCGCUUCUCAUCCAGUCGGGGCUUGGACACGAUCCGGCCCAUCUUGGAAUGCCAUGCAGGGCGUCUCACCGAGUACUUGAGGGCAUGCUCUGGCACCGGCAUGCCGGUCAUAAUCAGGGAGGCCGUGAACCGCACGGUACUCAAUGUCAUAUCCAACAUCCUCUUCUCCGAGGAUGUGGUGGACUUGCACGUACGCACCGGGGGCCCAACCUUUCAGGGGACUCAUAGUGCCGGUACUAGAGGAGUGGUCAAAAUCCAACGUCUCUGACGCCUUCCCAUUCCUCGCACCAAUUGACCACCUCCUCGGCUCGCGUCGCCGCAUCUCCAUAAAUCUCGCCAAACUGUUCAACUUCUUUGACCAAGAGAUCGUUCAGCGCCGAUUAGCUAGAACUGGCAGUGGCAGUGGCAGUGAGAAGAACAACGACGUGCUGGACAUUCUCCUCGAGCGGCACGCCAUGUCCAAGCUCACUCGGCAAGAAAUCAUCACGUUCCUAACAGAUAUGUUCAUCGCUGCAAGUGACACGAGCACGGUGACAGUGCAGUGGGCUAUGGCGCAACUACUGCGCCACCCAGAGAAGAUGGAUAAGGUGCGCAAUGAGCUCGCAGCGUGCGUUGGAGUUAGGUCCAGUGACUUUGUGAAGGAGAGCGACCUCGACAACCGGGAAAGUAUCUGGUGCACCGGUCCUUGUGGUGCUACCGGUGCACCGGACACCGUAUCACGUUAGAAAAUAUUUCAAAAAAAACUGAAAAAAAAUGCAAUAUAUUGACAUAACAUUGGUCUAUGUUGUUGCAAAAUUUCAACUCAAAAUUCGAAACAUUGCAUGAGAUACAAAAAUGAUAAAUUUGGCAUCAAUGUGAUAAUGGGCCAAAUCUUAAAGCCCAACUUAUGUUAUGUACUAUUUAGUGUCAACUUUGUGAUCUUUUUACCUCAAGAAAUAUUUCGAAUUUUGACUUGAAAUUUUGCGACAAUAUAGAUCGAUGUUGUAAGAAUGUGCUGAUUUUUUUCAAUUUUUUUCAAACAAUUUUAAAUGCAAUAUGAUAGUCCGGUGCACCGGUAGCACCACAAGCCCCGGUGCACCGGAUACUUUCCCCCUGAUGGCAUGGCGCCCGAGGAUAUUGACCUCGAGGACCGCUAUGGCACUGUGCUGAAUCUUGCUACGCCACUCCAUGCCGUGCCAGUGUCCGCCGUGUGACGUGCAUGGUUACUCCAAGACCAUUAUCUGCCGACAUAUUUCUUUUGAAAAAACAUGUAAUCUUUCCUAUACUAUUCCUAAAUUAUCUCCUGUAGAGGCUUCCUACCCUUUAAGUCUUGUAAUCUACAUAUAGUUAUAUACUAGCCUGCGAGGCUCAGCAAUACAACAAGCGAUUCCACCAAUUGUCUCCUCGCUAA